ACACUUCAUAUCAACAUGAAGAUGAGGUCUUCAUCCUCCUGGGUCUUGCAGCCUUUGCAGCUGCAGGCAGCUUUGAAUCCUACAAAUACCGACCACCAGGGUUCUAGCGGUCCUCUGAGGAGUCCUACGAGUCCUCCGAAGCCAAGUACAGCUUCAACUGGGCCGUCAGCGAUGACUCCUCAAGCAACGAGUUCGGACACCAGGAGGCCCGUGACGGCGACGACACCCAAGGAUCCUACUACGUGCAGCUCCCCGACGGCCGCCUGCAGACCGUCAAGUACUUCGUGGACGGCGACUCCGGCUACGUGGCCGAGGUCAGCUACGAGGGCGACGUGUCCUACGAAUCUGCUUCCUUCGAAUCCCGAGAGUACAGGCCUCCCAGGCCUCGCUACCUCUACGAUUCCAACGAAUCAAAGUAAAUUCCUGAUGAUGAACACUUAGAAUUACUGCUAAUUAUAAUCAUACAUUAUCUGUUGUCACUAAAAAAGAGUCACGUAAAAUGUUUAUUGUUCAUAAGAUAUAUUCUUAGGGUACAAAUUUACACAUAGUGUUUACGAGUGUGUAAGUAAAAAUAUAUAU